AUGCCCUCCAUCGACGAGGCCAUGGCGCGCAGCCUCCGCCUCCGGGGCAGUGCCUGGGAGGUGGUCAAAGACAAGUUUAUCCGGACAAUUGUAGCCGACCUUUCACGACGAGACAUGUUAGCAGAUGCAGCGCAAACAACCGAUGAGGUUGCACAGAAAUCAGAAGACUUUGCGACCGCUUUCUCUAGCUGGGACAACUGUAUGAACGUGGCGUGGUGCAAGUGGCCAGUAAUUGGUGUGAUGAUCAUCGGAGGUCUCAUCAUUUUCAGUAUUUGCCUGAAAUGCUGUGGUAACUGCUGCGGUGCCUGUGACCCUCCACGCAGUGCUACGAAGCAUUUGGAUGACCCUUAUGCUCCCCAAAGUCAGCAUCAUGGAUACCGAAGUGAACCCCCAAUGAAUCCGUCAGCGCCUCAGUACGGCGUCACAAAGCCCAUGCGAUCCGAGCCACCUCAGUAUGCAGAAUUCGAAACGAGUAAGGGCAGAGACGAUGAUGCCCUCCCUGAGAUGCCCAGCUGGGAGGGUGCUAGCAGCAAAAAGGUCGAGGUUCACACAGAGGCCGUUGAGCUUGACACUCUACCUUCGAAGCCACCCCAUAGUCAGCAAAGCAACAUGAUGGGUGGAGUUUCACCGAACAAUCUGACCCCCUACAGCCAGGCACAGAGUAAUUCAAACGGCUACCUGGGCGCCAACCAAGCUCCCGAUGCAUAUUCACCUAUCGACCAGCAGGGCUACGGAUAUCAAGCCCCCGGCAUGAACCCCAUGUACAGCAGUGCCGCUGCUGUCGCACCCAUGCCCCAUGAACGUCGCUCCCCGGCCUUGAACACCAAUGGAUACAGCAACCAAGGCUACGGCCAUGAUCAAGGAUUCGAGCAGACCCAAGGCUACGGGCAGAUGCAGGGCCACGGACAACAAGGCUACGGUCAAGCCACGUCCCCCAACGACUAUGCCGCAACUUAUAGCGGAUACCGAGGAACUCCUCCGCCGCGGCCCGCCAGUUUCGCCAAACGAGCUUCAAUGCAUCAGGAUGAAUUUGGUACUUAUGGACAGCUUCCUCCUCGCCGUUCUCCAGCUAUACCAGAAGAUUAUGGCUAUGGAUCGCCCGUUCGUCAAUCACCCGGCCCCCAAAACGAUUUCGGCUACGCUCAGCCACCUCGCCAGUCUCCAGCGCCUAUGAACGAUUAUCGAACACCGCCUCCUGGCCCUGAUACCAGCUAUGGUGCUCAUCCUGCACAGCAGCGGCAACACAUGCCAGAGUCCCACUCUCCGCAAGAGCCAUACCCAGGUUUCAAGCCAUACCAGCCUUAA